CAACCGUUGAGCUGAACUGAGGGGAAAGAAGAUGACCCUUUCUUCUUCCCCGCUAAAACCUGCGGAAAAACCCUAGCGAAAUUCGCCAGCACUUCCCUCCUCAUCUACGCACGCCAUUUCCCCCCCUCUCCCCUCGCGCUCCUCCUCUUCCCGAUUUCAUCUCUUCGAACCCUUCGCCGACGUCGCCGCGGCGGCCGCGAGAACUGCCGCGAAUUCCUCCGCCGUAGGAGUUCAAUCGAGAGGAUCGAAACCCAAUUCGGACGCUCCCCGCGAAUCGCUCGGUUAUUUCCGCCGGCGGAGAUGUUCGACGAGAGCCAGUUCGACGUCCACCUGAAGCUGUGGGCGCUCCGCAUCCCCCGCGAGCUCUGCAAAGUCGCCACCCGGGCGUUGAACGGCUACUUGCUGGACAAGGCUCGGAUAAAGCCCAUCACGGAAGACCCGACGUGCGAGAGGAAUCGCCUGAUGAUAUUGUCUGAGAAGGUCCAGCAUUCUGAUUUGUCAGAUAUUCCAGAACAAGUUCUCGAUGAAAUGAAGAAACUGUGCGAGAUUGAAGUUGUCCCUUAUUCACUGACACUUGGUUAUUCCUACUGGGGUGCAGAUCAUUUAUUGAAGCAGAUUCUCCCACCCGGGGUUGAGGUACCUACAUCUUUCGAAACGAUAGGUCAUAUUGCACACUUGAAUAUACAUGACGAACUGCUUCCCUACAAGGAUGUUAUUGCUAAAGUCAUCUAUGACAAAAAUUAUCCACGAAUCCAGACGAUUGUUAAUAAAGUUGGAACAAUCACAAAUGAGUUUCGUGUGCCGAAAUUUGAAGUCUUGGCUGGAAAAAGUGAUAUGGUGACAGAGGUGAAGCAGUAUGGGGCAACAUUCAAGCUUGAUUACAGUCUGGUGUAUUGGAAUUCAAGACUGGAGCAUGAACAUAUAAGACUUGUAUCUAAUUUCCGUCCAGGGGAAACCAUAUGUGACAUGUUUGCUGGCAUUGGUCCUUUUGCAAUCCCAGCUGCUCAAAAGGGGUGCAUGGUGUAUGCAAAUGACCUAAACCCAGAUAGUGUUAAAUAUUUGAAGAUCAAUGCACAGUUGAACAAAGUGGAUGACCUUGUUCAUGCUUUCAACUUGGAUGCAAGGAAAUUCAUUUCUCAAAUGAUGUCUUUGCCUGAAUCCAAAACUAGUAUGGAAUCUGAUGUUCUUACUGAAGAGUGUGAGAUCAAUAGGGAAUUGUCAGAGCAGAGAACAGAGCCAGAUGGGACCACAGUACCCGAUGACAAUGCAAGCAAUGGUGAUGGUCCGAAAGGUUUAUGUGCUGGUGCAGUUGCAGCUGCUCCUGCAGCCAAAAGACCCUUAGAUACUUCUAAAGAAGGUUCCAAUGCCAAAGAUUGUAGUGUACUUGUAUCUAGUAAAAGAAAAGGAAAUAACAACAAGCGAAUCAGGGCCAGUGAGUUAUCCUAUUCUAAGACAUGGGAGCACAUUGAUCAUGUGGUCAUGAACCUUCCUGCAUCUGCUCUCACAUUUUUGGAUAUACUUAGGGGGCUUAUACACAGGAAAUAUUGGAAGGGACUUUCUCCUUGGAUCCACUGCUAUUGUUUCAUGAAGGCCAGUGAAACCGAAGAAUCCAUUCUGGCUGUAGCAGAACAAGCCCUCAAUGCCUCUAUUAGCGAGCCGAUGUUCCACAGGGUUAGGGAUGUGGCUCCGAAUAAGGCAAUGUACUGCCUGAGUUUCAGGCUGCCCGAAGCAUGCUUUAAGGAAGAUUCGGAUAACUCUACUCACCCUGCUGAAGGGAAGACAUAAGCGCGGUAGGAACAAUUACGCGGAGGGCUAAACACGGCCUCUCACCUAACGAUUAAGAAGGUGGUUUUUUUCUAACUCGAUCGAAACUAGAGAAGAAACAAGGAGGAAACUUAUCGUCGACGGGUUACAGUUCUUUUAUCGAAUCGAGUCCGGUGUCCAUGCAAAUGCUGCUUAUGGUUCGGGAAAAGCGAGCUGAUGGAUGUUUAAGGUUCAUCUUCUGUUACAAGAGAUCACAGUCUAAAGGUUACGAAAUAUGAUAUUGGAUUUUUUUUUUUUUUUAAAUUUUUUGGACAGUUUGUUUCUUAGAAUUUCCAGCUUUGGGCUGGUAACCAAUGCUUGUAGUCUGUUUUGUAAAAGCCUGGUCGGCGUUUCUAAUUACUUUUUAGUUUCAAAUUUCGAUAUUCGGGC